GAAAACAAAAAAAAAUAUUCUGAACCAAUGGACUGCAGACACAGUACAGGAAAUGACCAGAGACUGCAGACAUAGUACAGGAGAUGACCAGAGACUGCGGACGUAUUACAGGAGGCGGCCAGAGACUGCGGACACAGUACAGGAGAUGACCAGAAACUGCGGACACAGUACAGGAGAUGACCAGAAACUGCGGUCACAGUACAGGAGAUGACCAGAGACUGCGGACACAGUACAGGAGAUGACCGGAGACUGCGGACCCAGUACAGGGGAUGACCAAGAGACUGCAG